AUGGCAUCAAAUAAUCGAACAUGUUUUGUAUUUGAUAAAGAUGAUUCAACUAAAAUUCUUAUUCAAAUUGUUUAUGAAAUUCCUUCAACAAAUAUCUCUCGUCAGUUUAAUUUAUUACGUUCUAUCGAUGAAUCUGUUUCUCAAACAAUUCAUCGUUUAACAACUAAUAUUGAACGUGCUAUAAUCAAAGAAAGUAAAUUAAAUAAACGUCAUCGAAAAGAACAGACUGAAGUAACAUCAAAUGCUGUAAAACAAGUAAGUGUUGUAGAAUUAUUUGAUAAUAAUAAUCAAACGAUUGAUGAAAAUGAAACAAAUAAACAAGCAUGGCUUAAUUGUCGAAGAUUAUCAAUUAAUGGACAAUCUUAUAAUGUUGAAUACAAUGCGCCAGCUGUUAUUAAAUUUCGUUUUCCUGAAAAUAUUCUAACAAAUACAAUAACAACAGCAUUUGUAGAAAUUGACUAUGGUCAAUAUGAAUAUUCAUUAUUUGAUUGGUAUGUUACAGAUGAUAUUAAAACAGAAAAUGAUCAUACUCAAUGGACACAUGUACAUCAUGGAUCAUUUUGUAUAUUUCAUGAUGAACAUGUUAAUAAAUUUGUACGUCUUGUUUGCUUACCCCGAAAUGAUGCAUUAAGAGAAGGUAUGCAAGCUGAAAAUAUAUCAAACACACGAAUUAUUCCAUGUCCAUUUGAUUUACCAAUGAAUAUAAGACAUGAAUUAACAAAAGAAUAUUUACCAAUUGAUUCAAAUAGUGUUCGUUUAGUAUCAUAUAAUAUAUUAGCAAAUGGAUAUGCAUCAUCAGCUUAUGCUGCUGAAACAAUUUAUUCAUAUUGUCCACCAGAUUAUCUUGAACAUGAUUAUAGAAAAGCUCUUCUUUUAAAAGAAAUAUUAGGAUAUCAUGCUGAUAUUAUUUCAUUACAAGAAUGUGAUGCAUCAUUUUAUCAACGAGAACUUUCAUUGGUAUUGAAGCAACAUGGUUAUUUAGGUGAUAUGAAAAUAAAAAGUGAUUCAGUAAGAGAAGGUGCAGCAAUUUUUUACAGAACAGAACGAUUUACUGCUAUUGGUAGCCAUAAUAUUAAAAUAGGUGAAUAUUUACGGGAUUCAGAACAUUUGGAAUAUAUUCGUCGUCGAUGCUCAUUAGUGUCAGAAAUCAAUACUCAUUUAUUAGAAAGAAAUACUGCAUUACAAAUUUUAGCAUUAGAACGACGAAGAGAAUCAAAUGAAGUUUUUCUAGUAUGCAAUACACAUUUAUAUUUUCGUCCUCAUGCUGAUCUUAUUCGAUGUUUACAAACUAUGAUUGCUUUUGAACGUAUCAAAGAGAUAAAACAACUUUAUGAACAACAAAAUAAGAAUGUUUCAAUAAUAUGGAGUGGAGAUUUCAAUGCUAAUGUGACAUCUUUAGCAUUUCAUCUUCUUUUUACUGGUGUUUUAUUAACCGAUACGAAUCAUCGGUCAUACAAUGAAGAUUAUGCUAAAAUAAUAAAAGAUUUUGAUUAUAAAACACCAAUUGAAUUAAGUACCUAUUCGAAUUAUGCAUAUACAAUUUAUUCGUUACAAUUUCAUGAUGUUAUUGAUCAUAUAUUUUAUGAUUCGAAAAAAUUUCAAUUUCAACGUUCUAUACCAAUGCCAACUCAUGAACAAGUUACGGAAUUUACUGCUUUACCAUCAUGUAAAAUUCCAAGUGAUCAUUUAGCUAUUGUUAUUGAACUUGAAAUUGUUAAAUCGUAUUAG